AUGAGCGUGUCUCUACGGUCUAUGCUGGUAGAAGGACCGCAAGCGCCGAAGCCCAAGGGGCCGUAUACGUAUGCUAACACGCCACGUGCACUCUACAACAAUGCCAAACUGAAGAAAGACCCGUCUUGGUACACAUGUGACUCCUUCCUCUCCUCCUCCAAGGAGGAGAGGAAGGAGUCACAUGGGGUUCCAACACAAGGACCUCCGCCGAGAUAA